GGUCUUGGCGGAUCCAGGGUCUCCAUUGGCUGAGCUUCUCAAGGGGUCAAGACACGAUUGGCCCGUGCUUGCAGCCGGAGGGAGGCACGCGGCUGGGGUGCAUGCCCCACCAGACGGGCGGGGCAGUGCGGGCACGGGCGGGGGUUGGGAGGAGGGGCGCGCGCUGUGGCGUCCGGUGUUUUGGUUUGGAUUUUUUUUUUCCGCGAAAUAAGUUUGCUUUGGCCACGCCUCAAGGCUCCUCCUGCCCCCUCCUCCCCUCCACACACACCUCUUGGUGCAGAUUGCACAGCGCCUUUCCAGAGCUGCAGAUUUUGCAAGAGCCAGGCUCGCCCACCUUGUAGAGGAAGCGCCUUGUGUCCCCUUGCAUCUUCGGUUGCAAAGAGCCGGCCGCUUGAUUUGGUCACCCCCUCGCCCAGACUGCAUGAUCUCCCGGGACCCUUGUGAGUUGUACGUUUCUGCACCGGAGACCGCAAAUCCCCGUCGCUCUUAGGAUUUGCAGCGUUCUGGAUACUGGAGGCUUACAAGCUACGCUCGCCCGUCCCUGGGCAGACACUCGCUCAAAUCACUGGAGUGCGCCGGUGACUGGCAGGCCAGACCUUCGCUUCUCCAUGAGCCCGUGAGUCUGGGGGCAAGUGCCCGGCGAUGGCGCGGCCUGUGAGCGACAGGACCUCGGCCCCCCUGCUGCUGGGCGGCCCGACUCCAGGCGGGGGAGCGCUGCUUGGGCUGCGAAGCCUUCUGCAGGGGACCAGCAAGCCCAAAGAGCCAGCCAGCUGUCUCCUGAAGGAAAAGGAGCGCAAGGCGGCUCUGCCGGCAGCCACAGUCCCGGGGCCGGUCCUGGAGACCGUAGGCCCGACGGAUGCCCCAGCUGGGGCAGUGGUGGGCGGCGGGUCCCCGCGGGGGCGCCCGGGGACUGUGCCUGGCUCGGGCCUGUUGGCGCCGCUGCUGUGGGAGCGCACGCUGCCGUUCGGCGACGUGGAGUACAUGGACCUGGACGCCUUCCUCCUGGAACAUGGGCUCCCGCCCAGCCCGCCGCCUCCCGGUGGCCAGUCGCCGGCGCCCUCGCCCGCGCGUACGCCCGCACCUUCCCCAGGGCCAGGCUCCUGCGACUCAGCUUCCCCCCGCUCUUCGCCUGGGCACGCCCCCGCCCGGGCUGCCCUCGGGGCCGCCAGCGGUCACCGCGCAGGCUUAACCUCUCGGGACACACCCAGUCCUGUGGACCCAGACACGGUGGAGGUGCUGAUGACCUUUGAACCCGACCCAGCAGAUCUUGCCCUGUCAAGCAUUCCUGGCCAUGAGACCUUUGACCCUCGGAGACAUCGCUUCUCAGAGGAGGAACUUAAGCCCCAGCCAAUCAUGAAGAAGGCAAGGAAAAUCCAGGUGCCAGAGGAGCAGAAGGACGAGAAGUAUUGGAGCCGGCGGUACAAGAACAAUGAGGCAGCCAAGAGGUCCCGCGAUGCCCGAAGGCUUAAGGAGAACCAGAUAUCGGUGCGGGCGGCCUUCCUGGAGAAGGAGAACGCCUUGCUGCGGCAAGAGGUGGUAGCUGUGCGCCAAGAGCUGUCCCACUACCGUGCUGUGUUGUCCCGAUACCAGGCCCAGCACGGGGCCCUCUGAGGCUGACCCCCCCACUCUAUCUGGUGGAGGUCUCCUCCACCUCUCUGACUAGUGCCCUGAUACCCUGUUCCCUCUCUGCCCUGUGCCCCAGGGACGUGAUGCAGAUAAAAUACAUUUAUAUUUUUAAGAAAAA